UGACCACACACAUUCAAGAAACAACAUUACAUUCAUAUGCUUUGUUUCAUAUUAAGUCUCCAAUAUCAUAUUUUUAUAAAAAUCAUUCCUAACAAAAAUGAAUUAUCAUGCUAAUUUCUCCCUAAAACCUCAAAAUCCAUCCACAAAACUUCCUACUAAAAAACCACCAACAUUAUUAUUAAUCUCAUCAAAUUAUUUGUCACAACCCAAACUACAUAAAACUCAUAUAAUAGCACUAUCUUCAUCCACCCAAAAAACCCAAGAAAAUAAUCAGAAAUUAAGUUCACCAAAUUCUUAUAAUGUUGAAUUUAAGACAAAGGGAGGUUGUAAGCUUGGAAUAGCAAGAUAUCCUGAUUUUGUGUAUGAUGCUGAAGGUGGGUUUGGGAGUGGAAGUGGUAAAAAUGAGUCAAAUGGUAAAAUUUUGGUAGAAUUUGAUGUAGAUAAGCUUUAUGUUCCUCCAUUAACAAGUGGGACUACAAAGUUUUUGGGGUUGCCUUUGCCACCUUUUUUGAGGAUUGAUAUUGUGCCUGAGAUUUUCAAGGGAUGCAUUGAUCAAGAGUCUGGCAAGGUUGAUCUUGAAUUCAGGGCCAAAUUCUGGUUUUCAAUGGGGACAAUCUACAAAGCACCACCAUUACUGGUGUCGACGAACUUGACAUCUGAAGAAUCACAAGGAAAAUUGAGAAAAGGGAGAGGGCAAAGAAUGGAGAAAGAUGGAAACUGCAUGUUGGUAGGGGUGGCAACAGUGGAUCCUAUUGAUGAUCUCUUCAUGAAUACGUUCCUUGGCCUUCCUACUGAAUGCCUUGCCGUUAUGAAUGCCACUAUCUCUUUAUAAUACUUUACUUGAGCAAAUAUGGCUUAGCUUCAUAUCACCAACUUUUUAUCGAGGAUAAUAGCAUAUAUAAGAAACUAUCGACUAAUGUCAGUAGAUAUCUAGUGCGAUCAUUGUAUAUCCCAGCACAACAAAAAAAAUGGUAUUAAAAAUCUUUUAUGUACUUUUUGAAGUUGGCAAAUCAAUGAAAUCAUUCAUGCUUUGAA